UCUAAUUAAAAUUAGAUCUUUGAUCCGCUCCAGUUUGAUCGCUACACAAAGAUCUAACGAAACCCCAUUUGUAGGUCAAAUCCAGUGACCUUCUUGUCAUGCAUAUUCAUUGUUCAGAUUAGCCAAUCAGAGAGCUUUUUUCAAACGCUUUUCGUUGUGAAAAAGUUCGGGAAAAUUUCGAUAAUGGCGACCGACCUGGAGAAUGCUAUUGAGAAAGUAUUGCAAGAUUUCAAGAUUCAAACGUUAAAGGAGGAACAGAAGGAUAUUUUAUUGACAGCUCUGAAUAAUAAAGACUGCAUGGCAAUUUUACCAACCGGAUAUGGGAAGUCGUUGCCAUAUCAGAUGUUGAUACCUGUCCGAAAACAGUUGCAGAUUCAGAGAUCCCCAGACUUAGACUCUUACAACGUCGGAAAGAUUAUCGUUUGUUCGCCUUUAAUUGCGUUAAUGCAAGAUCAAGUGGAUAGAUUGAACUCUAUUCCAAAUGUUAAAGCAGUUUACAAAGGCGAGAGUAAAGACAGUGACCAUAUUAUUGCGGAGGGCAAGUUUGAUUAUCUUAUUGCAUCGCCAGAGGUAUUGGUUGGCAACAGUGGCUUCCGGCAAAUACUUCAGGAAUUUAAAGUUGAUACAAUUGUAGUAGAUGAAUGCCACACUAUGUGCACAUGGGGAGGAUUAGGGGAUGAGGAGCAGCUGGCCUUUAGGAAAUGGUUCCGGCACCUAGGAGAGCUUAGGUCCAUGUUUCCGUCUGCAAAUUUACUGGCUGUCAGUGCAACAUGUAACAAGACAAUUCGUAGAACAGUUAUGAAGGAACUUGGGUUACAAAAAGAAUGUACAACAUUAAUUAUAAGAUCACCAGAUAAAUCAAAUAUUAAAUACUAUGUUAAAAAAAAUGACAGCUCCAUAGAAAUGUCCAUGCAGUUUUUACUUGAUUCUUUGGAAUUGGAG